AUGGAGCUUCCUCAAUCUCGUCCAUGUGGAGCCGAAGAAGCAGGGAGAAAACCGACGCAUGAUUUUCUAUCGUUAUAUAGUAAUUCAACUGCCGAACAAGAUCCAAGAUCAUCUGUUCAAGCAAGUUACCUCAAGACCCAUGAUUUCUUGCGGCCACUAGAGCAGGUAGAAACAAAAUCCAGUGCCAAAGAAGAAGCCACAGAUGAAAUCUCAUCGGCUGUUCAGAAGCAACCGCCUUUACCCACACCAGCUUCAGUUGAGCACCUCUUACCUGGAGGAAUUGGGACUUACACUAUUAGCCACAUUAAUUCCUACGUCAAUAAUACUCAAAGGGUUCCAAAGCCAGAAGCAUCACUUUUCACUGUGCAUCAAGCAACUAGUGCUGAUAGAAACGAUGACUCUAACUGUAGUUCACAUACUUCAAGCGGUUUCACAUUGUGGGAAGAGUCUGAGAUUAAAAAGGGAAAGACAGAAAAGGAGAAUAAUGUCGGAGAGAAACCCAUUAUAGGAGUGGCAGAUUCUGCUGCGAAGCUGGGACCGUGGAGAAUGACUGAGCGGGUGUCUCAAUCCUUUUCUAACAAUCGUCAUGGCAGCUUCAACUCUCACUCUUCAUCUCAAACAACUGGACAGAAGAACCAGAGUUUUAUGGAAAUGAUGAAAUCUGCACAGGAUUGUGCCCAGGAUGAUGAGCUAGAAAAUGAAGGAACGUUUUUUCUCAAGAGAGAAACCUUGGAUACUCAAAGAGGAGAACUGAGGGUGAAAGUCGAUGGGAAGAGUAAUGAUCAAAAGCCAAACACCCCGAGAUCAAAACAUUCUGCAACAGAGCAGAGGAGAAGAAGCAAAAUUAAUGACAGAUUUCAGAUGUUGCGACAGCUUAUUCCACACAGUGAUCAAAAGAGGGACAAAGCAUCUUUUCUGUUAGAGGUCAUUGAGUAUAUUCACUUUUUACAAGAGAAGGUACACAAGUAUGAAGGUUCGUUCCAAGGUUGGAAUAACGAGCCAGAAAAAUUGAUGCCAUGGCAGAGAAAUAAUGAUAGGCCAGCAGAAAGUUUUCAACCUCGCGGCACAAAUAGUGGGUCUAAUCCAUCUCCAACAUUGCUGUUUGCUUCAAAGAUCGAGGAGAAAAUACCCAUCUCCCCAACAAUUCCUGCCUCUACUCCUAAUGUAGAAUCUGGCUUGAGCACAGCAGCUGCCUUCAAGACAAUUGAUCAUCAGUCUGGAAUAAUGAAUAAGACUUUUCAAGUUCCUACUUCUUCCCAACCAAAUAUCUUUCCUUCAACCCAAACCAGUGGUUCAGGUGGAGCUGUGUCUCAACUCAGACAUAGAUUAGCAUCUGAUGCAGAGAACAUCAUUUAUCAACCUUCAGUAGAAACUCAGACUAUGACUUCUACCAAUGAAAAGCUGAAAGAGAAAGAGCUGACUAUUGAAGGAGGCGCCAUUAGUAUAUCAAGUGUGUACUCACAAGGGUUGUUGGAUACACUUACACACGCAUUGCAGAGUUCGGGAGUGGAUUUGUCACAAGCUAGCAUUUCAGUGCAAAUUGAACUUGGCAAGCAAGCAAAAAUCACACCAAACGGACAAUUAUCAAUGUGUGUUUCUAAGGAUGACGAAGAUCCUUCAAAAAAUCAAAGGAAGAUACGUUCUAGAGUCGCCGGCUCUGAGAAAUCUGAUCAAGCAGUAAAGAAGCUAAAGACUUGCAGAAGUUAA